CUGCAUCUCAGCCAUGGCAUCUAUUCCCAAGCUUGUGAUUCUCCUGCUGUGCACCUGUCUUCACACUCUCCUUGCUCACGGAGGGGACGAUCUUCGCACCUACAAGGUUCUGCACGCUGGCGCUCUCAAAUCUGCCACCGUCAACUGCUCCCAGCCCCAAGUGACUCCAUCAUACGGCGGGGUCACGGUGCCGUUGCACCACCGGCACGGCCCGUGCUCGCCCUCGCCUGUACCCUCCACCAAGGCGCCGACCUUGCAGGAGAUGCUCCGGCGUGACCAGCUCCGGGCCGCUUACAUCACACGGAAGUACUCCGGCGUCAAGGGUGGCGCAGGUGACGUGGAGCAAUCGGACAUUACCGUGCCCACCACGCUGGGCACCUCCCUGGGCACGCUAGAGUACCUGAUCACCGUCGGCAUCGGCUCGCCGGCCGUGACCCAGACCAUGCUCAUCGACACCGGCAGCGACGUGUCAUGGGUGCAGUGCAAGCCUUGCUCGCAGUGCCACGCGCAGGCGGACUCGCUCUUCAACCCCAGCUCGUCGAGCACCUACUCCGCGUUCCCCUGCAGCUCCGCCGCCUGCGCGCAGCUCCGCCAGAGAGGCUGCUCCAACUCCCAAUGCCAGUAUAUUGUCAAAUACGGCGAUGGUUCGACCGGGACUGGGACUUACAGCACCGACACGCUCGCGCUGGGCUCCAGCACCGUCAAGAACUUCCAGUUCGGGUGCAGCCAGUCUGAGUCGGGCAACCUUCUCGAAGACCAGACCGAUGGGCUCAUGGGGCUCGGCGGCGGCGCAGAGUCUCUCGCCACCCAGACAGCGGGGACCUUCGGCAAGGCCUUCUCGUACUGCCUCCCGCCGACUCCGGACUCGUCCGGAUUCCUCACUCUCGGUGCAGCAACCUCGGGUUUCGUAGUGAAGACGCCGAUGCUGAGGAGUAGUGAGGUCCCGUCGUACUACGGCGUGCGCCUUCAGGCCAUCAGGGUGGGAGGCAGGCAGCUCAGCAUACCUGCCUCGGUCUUCUCC